GCCAGCGGCGCGGUUGUUAUGGAGAAGCUUUGCCCCGUCGAGCUGCAGACAUGGAGCCGCUACUCGGGACGUAACCGGGCCGAUUAACGCGGAUAUGACUUCGCCAGGCCCUUACAGCCAACUUUCAAGCGAAACAGGUCCCAGGCUCGGCUGUGUCCCAAAUCCGAAGACGGACUCCCUAGGAUGGCGGUGCUUCACUUUCUCGCUCGCACACUGGAACUUUUCAAGUGAGAUCCUCUGGACUGUAGUUAUGGAUCCCGAGGACACGUUCCGAAUCGAUCUUCCGUCCGCGGUGACGAACCGAGACCUGCUGUGAGAAUCCGCUUCUUUUUUUUCCUCGCUCUACUUAGUGUUUUAUUUUUCUUUUGCUCUGAUGCAGGAACAAUGGAAGAACAUCGGCGUUUGCCGCUAAUGUUUAUUAAUCAGCCGUGAAGAUCGUCCGAUCUGCUCUGAUUCCCUCCGAAAGCGGUAUCUACUCUAAGCCUUAACCUCGUCGUUCGGCUGAGAUCCUGAGCGAUCUCAACGAAGAGCAUCAGGAGAAGCGACCAGACCAUGACUUUCACUUCCACGUCAGCGUCCGUCCUGCUGUACUUCCGACCGUUCUCGCCGUUAAACCCAGAAAAUAAGCGCAGAGGAGCACAACCCUUCGGAUUUGUUUCGCUCUCGCCCCACCAGACGGAGGAGGAGAUCGGAUCUUCGCUUUAACGCGCUCGUCUUCCCUUCACCGUUCUUCUCUUCCCUCCUUCUGAAGCGGCCCACGAGCCGCAUGCCGUUUCCGAUGAACGUCAGCGUUUGGCUUCACGCCGUCCACGCGUUUUCACUUCACGGUGGUUUGAUUCAUUUCAUCGUGAACUUGCACUACCUUCGGUGACUUGGAGGCCUCGUCCUAAAUCGCCAAAACAAACAAAAGAGAACUAAAGGAUAUUUUCGCUUUGAGAUCUCGACACAAUCAGGAAACAUCGUGUGUGUGUGUGCUCACUACGUAGGGACUUAAUACACCCUACAUAGUGCACUCCAUGCCUGAUGAUAAGACAUUAAUGUAUUGGCACCCCGGAUUUAAAAGCGUUUCAGAAGACGUCUUGACGAUCAGGAUCUUUCUCCACGUUGCUUCCAUACUUCAAGACAUCUCCGUUAUUUCAGGGUUUUUGUUUUUUUUUGGACCCUCCAGAGUCUGACCUACUCUAAACCCUCAAGACCUACCCUAGUUCACUUCUUUGUAAUUUUUUUUCUUAUUAUUCGUGUGGAAGGGAGACGCGAGAAGCGCCGAAGAUUUCGAGAAACGUCUCCGCAAUCACUGUACCGGAACCACACUGUGAACCGGCGCUGAGAAGGUCGCGCCAACUUCAGGCCUGGACACCGAAUCGACACGGAAGAUACGACGCCAGGUAUGAUUACUACUUCAGAAAUCUCGUGAUCCGGAAGCGAGCGUAAACGAGACUUUUUGUUUUUUUUUUGCGGCCGGACAUGGCAGAGCACGGCGAGCUGCUGGCCGAGAUGACGAGCGUGAGCCGACUCUCCACGACGGACCGACUGAAGCACGCGCAGAAGAGACGGGCGCAGCAGCUGAAAGGCUGGGCGCAGAUGGAGAAGGAGAGCGCACGCAUGGGGAAGAACAGCGUCGCGCAGAGGAAGAGUGACGAGAAGAAGGGCAAGAACCACGGUGGGAGGAAGGUGAGGUUCCCGAGCAACAUCACGCUGCUGGAGGCCGCCGCCAGGAACGACCUCGACGAAGUGAGGGAGCUGCUGAAGAGUGGUGUUAGCCCUGACCUGUUUAACGAAGACGGUCUCACAGCCUUACACCAGUGCUGCAUCGAUGACUUUGUGGAUGUGGUGCGCUGUCUGCUGGAGUCCGGUGCGAAUGUAAAUGCGUGUGACAGUGAACUCUGGACUCCGCUACACGCUGCUGCCACCUGUGGACACACUGGCCUCGUACAGAUCCUCGUCCAGGCCGGAGCGGAUCUGCUGGCAGUAAAUGCAGACGGGAACAUGCCGUAUGACCUGUGCGAGGACGAAGCCACGCUCGAACUCAUCGAGGUAGUGAUGGCCGAGCAGGGCAUCACACAGGAGCAGAUAGACGAGUGCCGUGCUGCCAAGGAGAGAGUCAUGCUGGCCGACGUCCAAGCACUGAUAGACCGAGGAGACAACCUGAACGCCAAGGACCAACACGGGGCCACUCUGCUGCACGUAGCGGCAGCUAACGGCUACUUGUCAGUGGGAGAGGUGCUGCUGGAGCACAGAGCGAGCGUGGACGAGACAGACGCAGACGGAUGGACACCGCUGCACGCUGCCUCCUGCUGGGGACAGCUACAAAUGGUGGAGCUCUUGGUGGCUCACGGCGCGGAUCUAAACGCCAAGUCUCUCCUGGAAGAAACCCCUCUAGAUGUGUGUGUGGAUGAGGAGGUCAGGGCAAAGCUAUUAGAGCUGAAACACAAACACGAGGCCAUCAUGAAGAACCAGGACAAACACAAAGGCUCACUGCAGAGACGAGCGUCCAGCGCCAGCAGCCGGGGUAAGGUGGUGAGGAGGACGAGCGUGAACGAGCGUAGUAGUUUGUACAGGAGAGAGCACCAUAAGGAGGCCAUGGUGUGGCAGGACAGAGGGAGACAGGACAGACAGACGGAGGACGAGGAUGAAGACAAACAGACGGACGCCGAACUCAAGCACAUGACGGCGGCGUCUAGCCGGGCGCAGGAUUUGCGUUAUCCGGAUAACGACAGAGGCUUGGAAAACGGAGACCGCGACUCUGUCGUAGGAAAUGGCGGCACCUUCGUGGCGUCUACGUCCUUGGUUCCCGGAGAGCUGCGCAGCAGUGGACGCAGGGAACGCAGCGCCUCCUAUCAGCUGACUCCAGCGCUGCCGAGCGGCGACGCCGGGGACACGGAUAGCAUGACGCGGGAGAAAUCGCACCAGACGCUAGCGGAGCUGAAACGGCAGAGAGCCGCCGCAAAGCUUCAGAAACGGCAGGCUCCUGCUCCGCCUCUGCUUCCUCCGACACAGGAAGAGGCGGGGCCUGCCGAACUGGCGGUGCAGCCAGUGUACUUCACACCUGCGAGCGGCGAUCCGCCGCUACUGAAGCUGAAGGCACCAGAGGAAGAGGAGCCGGCCAAUCAAAAAGAGCCGUGCUGCGGACUUAUGUAGGGAAUGCGCGCUCUCACACACACACACACACACACACACACACACACACAGCAUAAUUAAGAAGAGACGACCAAUCAGAAUGAACUAAGCUCGUAAUGGACUCGUAAAGGGAGCGCGCGCACACACACACACACACACACACACACACACACUCACACACUCCUUCACUGGAAAGCACAGAGAGCAGAACGUUCCAGCAAUAAACAGCACCGUUCUCUCUCUCGAUCACUUUAUUUUUGUCUUCGACGCUCCAGUCAGCAGGACGUCGGUGUAAGAAAACUUCACUUCCUGUCCUCGCCAUCAUGACUUCCUGUUGUAUUUAUGUAAACCUUCCUGUCAGAGGGGAGAGAAGACCGAGCUCGAGCACUUUAUUACUGACAACUCGACAUUCCAUGAACACCUGCGUUUGAGUCAUUAUCAUUAUUAUUAUUAUUAUUAUUAAUUCUCCGUCUCAAUGGCUCCCUGCUGCACUUCCAUUGUUAUUAUUAUUAUUAUUAUUAUUAUUAUUAUUAUUAUCAUUAUUGUAUAUCUUAUAUAGUGAACUUGUGACAAUGGUUCCCUGAUGUACGUUUAGUGCACUUCUAUAGGUUGAACAAUUCAGCUUAAAAAUACAGAGGUUAAAAGAUGAAAGAAAUGAGAAAAGAUUUAUAUUUAGAGUACUAUAUAUACACAUAUAUAAAUAUAUAUAUAUAUAUAUAAAUAUAAAGAACGAAGUAAGCUGAAAUAUGUGUGUUUUGAAGACUUUACCAGAACAAAUCUCUCUCUCUCAGGCGUUAUUGCAGCCUCCAGAGCGGCUGCAGAGGUUGAAGGCGAGUUUAGUGGAGAUAUUUUUGUAGCUAUUUCUAGAAGGAGAGGUUCUAGCUGCGUUUUCUCACUUGUGGAAAGACCAGCGGACUUCCUGGAGUCAGGGUAGGGUGUGAGAACUUUCUUUUAAUUUCCUUCCUUCCAGUGUACAAACACGGCUAAUUAGUUUCUGUAAGCAGGAUGUUUAGCUGUGUGCUGAUGAUCGUGUUCUCCUGUCAUGUUCGUUGCAUUUGGGAAUAAGUGAGCACUCGAUUUGGAGUCCCUUAGCUCCGCCCACUCAGCUCUCCGAACCCAGCCCCUUAACCCUGCCCACUUAGCUCUCUGAACCCAGUUCCUUAGCUCCACCCACUUAGCUCUCUGGAGCCAGCCCCUUAACCCCGCCCACUCAGCUCUCUGAACCCAGUCCCUUAGCUCCUCCCGCUCAGCGCUUUGGCGCUACAGCUUUAGCCCCACCCCUAAGCUCUCUGAAGCCAGCCGUUAUCGUUUUAGCCACACCCACUCAGCUCUCUAGCGCUACCCCUUUAGCCCCACCCCCUAAUCUCUUUGUCGUUAUCCCCUUGGCCCUACACAUGUUAGAAUAGUAAAGUCACUGCAAAACCAGUGAUUUAUAAACGAAGAAGAAAAACCCAAUAGUUGUAAGUAGAUAAAAUGGUGACGUAGCGAAGGUGCGAAUUAGAAUUCAGAGCUGCAGUACGAGGUUACAUCACGGCUGCAGGUUCACAGAUCUGACGAUGGGUUGAUCCGAUUAACCCGUGCAUCCCUGCAGGUGAGUGACUGACGAGUGAAAGAGGGGAUGUGAUGCUCAGCACACGGCUAAAGAAGCUCCACUAAACACGUUCCUCAUGAAGAAUAGAUUUCCGUGUGUAGUGCUGACCCAAACUGCGUUUACAGGCUUCAGACUAACGCCGUGUGAAAGCCGUGUGAAAGCGGUAAAACAGUACACUUUCUCACUUGGUGUAAAGAUAUUUAUACAGUAUGUUUUUUUUUGUUGUUGUAAAGAUCGAUUCAAGGACUCAUAUCGACACUGACGUAGAUUUUGAUCCGUAGAUGUAUAUCUUUGCGAGAUCUAGUGCACUCGAUAGGGUGUAGAAACCGUUAUUUCAGCCUGCGCAGUGCACUUGAAUAUAUCCGUUCUUAUUUUACCGGUUUUUUUUUUCCUUUUCUUUUUUCCUCACAGCGGAAAAGCUUCCCGUCGCAUGAAGAACAUUCCGGAUAACGAAACGGAUUUGUAUUGCCGCAUCAUUUCUCUCAACGUUAUAUGUUAAUAUCGUCCCGCGCUACGUCUUCAUCGCCAUUAAAACGUUAUUCAUCGUAAGGAAGUGCGUCGAUUGGCCGCGGUCGGAGACGGACGAGUCUAGCUCACGCGCGUCGCUAGCUAUCGAAAAAAACAAACAACAAAUUGUGUAACGUUUAGCGUUUAUACGUCUGAUUCGGGACAGCAUGUCCACAUCCGAUGGUUUUAGCAGUUCACAAGCUAGCUACGAAUGCUACCUCGCCAAUUUGAAGCCUGACGCGCGAGAUGAAAUCCGUCAGACGUGAGCGUUAAUAAAAUCUCGUAGUUCGCGAGACGUCCUGUUGUUCUUACGUAAUUAAUCUGAAUCACUUCCACCGCAAGCGACGAAAUAUAUAUAUAUAAAAAAAUGUUCUAACCUGGAUGUGGAAGAUUAUUCUAUAAAAAAUUUUGUUUUUGAGAUGUAUUUAUUUAUUUAUUUGAUGAAGCACUGGACCGCUGAGGGUGAAGUGCGAGGAAGAAUUUUUAACGUCCGUUUAAACAUCCGUUUUUGGUUUUGUUUGUUUGUUUUCCUGCGUCCUGCUGCCUUUAACUGCUGUCCGUUUUACUUUUUUUUUUUUUUUCUUUUUUUCGGGGCCGUACGGACGCAAACUCAGCAUAAAAAUAUAUUUUGAUGGGGAGUCGCUAGAUUCUAGAUUUUUAAAACAAACAAUGAAAAAAAACGAUUUAUUAUAUAGAAGCUAUUUUCAUGGCGUUUUCACGGUUGAGGAUGACGUACUUUCGUAAUCUUAUAAAAAAAAAAAUGUUAAAAAAAAAACAAAACAAAAGUCUUAACUGGCAGAGUGUCUACUGUCUGAUAUUUACGUUGCACAACAAAAGCUUGAAUCGAAUUUAAAUAAAGGACCUAAAACUG